GGCGUGGGAAGAAAAAUGAAUCUUCUACCAAUUUCGAUAGUCCUUUUUGUUUUUACUGCUGGUGAAGCAAAAAAUUUGCCUAAAAAUUCGGUUUGUUCCGAUAUAUUGGACCCGGCUUUAAUAGCAGAGAUAGCAAGUUACGAAAAAGUCAAAGAUGAAAUCGUGAAAUUUGUGACUGAAGGUGAAUUCAAGGGUAAAGUUUAUGAUGAGUUGGCAAAAUUCGUAGACAAGUUUGGUGCUCGAAUUUCGGGAUCGGAAACUCUCGAGCGAUCUAUUGACUAUCUGGUCCAGUUGACGCGAGAUGAAAAUAUCAAGGACGUUGACAUUGUUACGGAGGAAGUUAAGGUACCGGACUGGGUGAGAGGUGAGGAAAAAUUCACACUAUUAAAACCAAGAGUCAAAAAUAUCGACGGGUUAGGGCUCGGUUCAAGUGUUGGCACUCCACCAGAGGGCAUCACGGCUGAAGUUAUAGUUGUAUCAAGCUUUGAUGAAUUUAGCAAUAUUUCUGAACACGAUGUUAAGGGUAAAAUUGUUCUUUUCGAUGCUAAGUUUGAGAAAUACUCAGUGACAAACAUAUAUAGGACGGCCUCAGCAUCAGUCGCAGCAGAAAAGGGGGCAGUUGCAACUUUAGUGCGAUCAGUAACACCAUUUUCAAUAAGUUCACCGCACACUGGCCAACAAUACUACACGGAGAACGUUGUAAAGAUCCCAACAGCUGCCAUCGCCGUCGAAGAUGCGGAUUUACUACGAAGGAUGUAUGACCGUGGUGAAAAAAUAGAGGUCCAUAUACAAAUGUCAGCUACAACAAACGAAGACAAAAUUUCAAGAAAUACUUUAAUCGAUUUGAAAGGUACUGAACGGCCUGAAAAACUUGUAAUAGUAUCCGGUCAUGUAGAUAGCUGGGACGUUGGACAGGGAGCUAUGGACGAUGGUGGUGGAGUAUUUAUUAGUUGGGCUGUACCUGUGAUAUUGCAACGACUUAAUCUUAGACCAAAGCGAACUAUUAGAUCAAUAUUUUGGACUGCGGAAGAGCCAGGUUUGAUUGGAGCGAAGGCAUAUGAAGCGAAACACAGGAAUGAAAGCCAUAAUAUCAAUUUUAUCAUGGAAUCCGAUGAAGGUACCUUUGCACCACUCGGCUUGGUAGUUACUGGUACACAAGAGGCGAGAUGUAUUAUAGCUGAAGUUUUGAAACUGUUCGAAUCGAUAAAUGCGAGCACAUUGAUUGAAAGCGAUAGUCCGAGCUCAGAUAUUAACGUGAUCGUCGAAACUGGAGUGCCAGGAGCGGGCCUGUAUAAUGCUAACGAUCGUUAUUUCUGGUUCCACCACACUGAAGGAGAUAUGAUGAAUGUAGAAGAUCCAAACGAAUUAGAUUUGGGCGCUGCAAUGUGGACGGCGGCUGCGUACAUCAUCGCCGAUAUUUCGGUAGAUAUUCCACGCGCAUAACAAUAUUCCAACAAAAGUUAAAUACUAGCAAAACUUAAUACUUGCACAUGAAUUUUUAAAGAACAUGUUGUUUGUGAUAAAAUCAAUGAUAUCAAUAA